GAACUCGAUAUGUCCAAGGCCUUAUCUCCACUAAACAUUUUCAUCGUUGGGCCGUCCUGCACAGGAAAGACGACUCUUUGUAAUGCACUGUCAAAAAAACUAGGUUUAAACAAUGCGCUAUUCAUUAAAGAGGUGGCACGAAGUGUCAUGCGGGAGCAAGGUUAUACAAGAGCGGAUGUAGGGAAUAUAGAGAUGCAGAAGGCAAUCAUGACAGCACAACUGGAGAGAGAGGAUGGUGCACUCUCAGAGGCGGAAAGAUUAGCUGGUCACAUCAUCCUUAGUGAUAGGUCAGGUAUUGACCCUAUCAUCUACGCCACUCUAACUGCUCGAAAUGAGAACGAAGGCCAACAGCAUAAAAACCAGCUUAUGCGUCUACCCAUUUUCCAGAAAGCUUUAUCCAAGUACAGGCAAUCCAUCUUCGUACUGCUCGCGCCUGUGGAGGAAUGGCUGGUGGAUGACGGCGUGCGCAGCCUCGACGAUAGCGCUCAGUGCGUUGAGACGUUCAGGAGGACGCUGGAUGAAUUAGGAAUAAAGUACUACGAGAUUGGUCGCGAAACAAUGGAUCUAAUAGCGAGGGUUACGGCAAUGAUGGAAAUCGUUGGUACUAUGGCACGGCUCUGAGAAGAUUUACUAGUAAAGUUAACACUUUAUUCAGACGCACCUCGCUAUACGAUACUUGAUAUGUGGUACGGCUCUGAGCAGAUCUACUAGUAAAGUUAACACUUUAUUCAGACGCACCUCGCUAUACGAUACUUGAUAUGUGGUAUGUUGUACACACAUUGCAAACAAAGGAGAUUACAUGCU